UCAUGUACUUGGUUGGACAUCUUGGAUCAUAUUUCACCGUUUCAGGUGAAGAAUUUCAAUCAGAAGUUCAAAACAACUACAAACAUGGAAAAUGCACAUGAAAGUUCAAGCAGUUCAGAGAAGAACGAACAACACGAUUCUUACUUUGAUGAGCAAAGUAAUUUAAGAGAACGUUAUGAUUCACAUAUCUUGCCUGCAGAUUAUAAGUACAAAGUUGGGAAUCCAUAUCCUGAUGAUUAUAAUCCAAGAUUUUUCAAUGUCCCAACUGUCAUAGUUUUGGUUGGACUUCCUGCAAGAGGCAAGACAUAUGUGGCAAAGAAAUUGGGAAGGUAUCUCAACUGGAUAGGCAUUAAAACCAAAGUUUUCAAUGUUGGAGAAUAUCGUAGAAAUGCUGUUGGAGCUGAUAGAAAGCAUGAUUUCUUUCGGGCAGAUAAUGCAGAAGCUAUCAAAAUACGAAAAAAAUGUGCUCUGAAUGCUUUGAAAGAUGUUGUUCAAUGGUUUUUACAUCAUGAAGGAUUUGUUGCUAUAUUUGAUGCAACAAACACAACAAGAGAUAGACGAAAAAUGGUUCUAGACUUCUGUUCUGAACGCAGUUAUAAGACAUUUUUCAUUGAGUCUGUGUGUGAUGAUGCUGAAAUGGUCUCUGAGAACAUUCGGGAAGUGAAGGUUUUCAGUCCUGACUAUAAAAUGAUGCAAAGUGAUGAAGCUGUAGAGGAUUUUAAGAAGAGAAUUGAACAUUACAAAGCAACUUAUGAACCCUUAUCAUUGGAAAGCGAUGAAGAACUCUCGUUUAUCAAGAACAUCAACUGUGGACAGCAAUUUAUUGUCAAUAGAAGUCACGGUUAUGUCCAAAGCCGCGUCGUCUAUUAUCUUAUGAACACACAUGUACAGCGAAGAUCUAUAUAUCUAACAAGACAUGGCGAAAGUUUGUAUAACCUUGAAAAACGAAUUGGAGGUGAUCCAGACUUGAGCACUGGAGGAAAAGAGUUUGCGAAACUGUUGGCAGACUAUAUGAAUGGUCAAAAUAUUCCUGAUCUUAAGGUAUGGACAAGUCAGUUGAAGCGAGCUUAUCACACUGCAGAAGGAAUCAACGCUCCUAGCGAACAUUGGAAAGCUUUGAACGAACUAGAGGCAGGGAUAUUUGAUGGUUUGACUUACGAUGAUGUAAAAGAAAAAUACCCGGAUGAACACGAACAACGUUAUCAAGAUAAAUUUAAAUACAGGUCACCCAGAGGAGAAUCGUAUAAUGAUCUGAAAGUCAGAUUGGAACCUGUUAUUAUGGAACUAGAGAGACAAAAAAACAUUUUGGUCAUUUGUCAUCAGGCUGUUCUUCGUGUUUUACUUGCUUAUUUCUUGGACCAUCCCUCAGAUCAGCUACCAUAUAUGAGAGUUCCUUUGCAUAUCAUUUACAAGCUUACUCCGAUUGCUUUUGGCUGUCGAGUUGAGAAAAUUCGAAUUGACGUCGACGCUGUUGACACUCACGUUCCCCAUCCCAGUAGAGCAAAUCAAGAGGUUGAAUAAUCAACUAAACAAAGUUCAUCAACAUAAAUUGUUCUGCUCCAAUGCUUAAAAAUAAUUGUUAAUAUCUUUUAUGCUACAUUAUUACGAUGAGAUAAAUAACCUUAGAGGUCAAACAUAUUUAUUUCUGUUCCAUCCUUACGAUGGAGAGGUCAUGAUAAAAUAUAUUUAUUUCUUAUGUAACAUUGGUAUUGACAUAAUGUUAUAAGUAGUCGAUAAAUGCUGAUUAUAUAGCAAGCUUGGCGAAGAGAAAUAUAUUAUACUGGCAUUGUGUGAAAUGAUUUCUACACUAAAAUUUCAUUGUUGAUACAUUAACAAACCCACUGAAAAUAAAUAAAUAUCAUUGAAUCCUUUUA